AUGGACGACUAUCUGGAGAGUCCGAUGGAGGCCGAGGAUAGUUUCCCCUGCAAAGGAUGUGGUGAGAUCCUCGAAGAGGGCAAAGCGUUCGAACUCGCUGGCAACCGAUGGCAUCUCAACUGUUUCCGCUGCAACACCUGCGGCACCCUCCUCGACUCGGAUGCGAACCUACUCCUCCUUGGCGACGGCUCGCUCAUCUGCAACAACUGCACCUACAGCUGCAGUGCCUGCGGCAACAAGAUCGAGGACCUGGCCAUCCUUACUGGGGACCAGGCCUUCUGUGCCACCUGCUUCCGCUGUCGGAACUGCAAGAGGAAGAUCGAGAACCUGCGCUAUGCCCGGACCUCGCAGGGCAUUUUCUGCAUGAGCUGCCACGAGUCCCUCAUGGCCAGGCGGAGGAAGAAAUCAAAAGCAGCCGCCCAGGCCAAGGCGCGCGAGAAGGAGAAUUCGCCCAUGGUAGUUGAUAAGAGUCUGCCCGCGCUCCCUCCCAAUGCCAUUCCGAACGGCGCAUUCUCCAACGACCGGGUCGACCCUGAUUCCGACACACCCACCGAGCUCUCUCCCCGACCGAGGCCGCCGUACGCGCGGAAUGAUUCGUCCUCAAGAAGCAGCUCCAGACCAGCCAGGUCGCCCGAGAGACCCUCCGACCAUAGAGACAAGGACGCCGGGCUCUCUCUACCGCCGACGAGCUACCGCAAUAACCGCAACUCGACCAUGUUCUCGGGCAACGAUAUGGCAAGCACCACGAGCGGCGAGGAUCAGGGAUUCUUCAUACCCGUCGCGCUUGAUCCGAGCCCGGCGUUGCCCGAACCGAAUAGGAGGAAAGAGAAGGACUACUUCAGUAUCCCAAAGGCCGAGUCUGACAACAGGAGGAAGGAAUCGCAAACCUCCACCCCGCACAUUGCUUUCCAGGAGAAGAGCCGCCAGACGUCCUCCGACUACGAAAGUUCCCCUGCCAAGGAGAUGACCCGGAAGCUGUCCAAGAGGGACAAGUCUGGGUCCGCGAGGACAAGUGCACAAGCGAACGACAAGGUUACCAACGGCCGCUCGCACCCUAGUGAGGACUUCAAACUACAGGAAGCCCCCAAGAGCAAGAAGUUGAACUCCCGGAGUGCUUCUCAAUCCGGCGGGCUGCAGGAUGUUGGCUCUCGGGGAAGCCAGGGAUCUGGUCGCAAAGACAAAGAAGGCUAUGCCAACGGCUCGAUCACCGACUCGCCCCAGAUGCUCGGUUCAGGCACCAAGACUGGGACUCCCCGAAGCUCGCAGGACUCACGGUUUAAGGAUGAGGAGGAGGCCCGGUCGAAUGAGUCUUCUCUUGGUUCCAGCUCGAACCAGUCCAAACCCAUAUCUAGGAAAGAACUGCCUUCCUCUGCGUCAAGAGGGGCCCCUGGUUCUAAGUCUACGCCUGAAGAGGGCCCUCUGCUGCCACCACGCCCAGGGAUGGAGCAGAAGUUAAGCGACUCGUACAUGGCCCCUCGUGCACCACCAGCGCCUCCGUCUCACAAGGCCGGGAAGGAAUCUACCAGUUCGACGGACCCGAAUGAGCCCAGGACUUCGCCCAAGCUUCCUAGGUGGAGUGCGGGUGGUGAUUUCAGCAUGGAUGAGGAUAUGGCUCGCAUUCUGGGUGCAGAUGAAUCUUCAUCGAACAUUAUGCGCCGGGUAUCCAACGCGGUGCGUCACGGGCGAACCAACAGCGCAGAGCAAAGCAGUCACCCUCCUCGUGUGGGACAUACGCGAAGCGUAAGUGAAUCAACAAGGACCACCGCAUCACCCCGAUGGCCCAAGACGCCCAUUGCGGAAGACGUAAAUGGCCAUUUGCACGAUAUCACUAGCCCCAUAGUAUUGGCACCAGGUGACGAUCCUGCCCUUUUGAAACGUCGCCUUCGAACGUCUGAGCAAAGAGUUGCCGAACUCGAGAAACAAUUCACCAACGAGAAAGACCUGAAGGUUAUCAGUCAGAGGUUGGAGGAAAAGAGGAAAACGGUAUCAGUUCUUGACACUCAAACCGAAAUCAUGAUUCGCCAGCUCGAGGUGCUAGCCGGCUAUGUGGAAAAGGCCAAGGACACGAAGCGGCCCAUCGACCCGCGCGAUCUGGAAGAAUCGGCCCUCAAGGAGUUUGUCCAGAAGCUGGACAAGCUCAAACAGUCGAUGACGGCCGCUCUGGAGCAGCUCCAUUCUGAGCGGGAUGCCUUGAUGGAGGAAAAGAACCAAGCCAUCGCAGACCGUGACCGGGCGCUCAUGGAGUUCGAGACGCUGUCGUCCAAGAAUGCCCAGCUCGCUGAGAUGAACAACGACCUCACUCACCAGAUCCAAGGAAGAUUCAAGAGCCACUCGGACCAACGAUCGCCGAUGAAUGGCCUAGGCAUCUACCACCAGCACAAGGGUACUUCAAACAGCUCGGUUCAGCUCGAUAGCUCGAGUAUCCAGACGGGUACCACCAUGAUCCCUGAUCAGGAAGAACCCAUCCUGGAAUCCGGCCCCACAGUCGUCAACAUCCGCAAGGGCCAAGUAAAGAGAUUUAACUGGACCAAGGGCUCCAAGGCGAUGGCAAAGAACAUUGCCAAGGGAGUGAACAGAGGUAUUGGCGCCCUGCAGCAACCUGAGCGUCGCGAGCCUCAGUUUGCCGGUGAGAACAUCGGCCUGCCUUAUAACAUGACCCACACUCCGGUGGAAUCACCGGUGUCUCAGGGCCCGCAGACCGCCCAGGCUCGUCAGAUUGCUGCCAACAAUGAACGGCAGGGCUUCUUUGGUUUCAAGAAAUCAACGACCAUGCCCAAGAACCUCGGCACUUUCAACACGUCCAAUGCCAACAUUGCGGAAGCGGCUAACGUUCUCUUCGGCUCGGAUCUCUCGGAGCGUGCUGAUUACGAGAAGAGGCAGAUCCCGUGCGUCGUCACUCGCUGCAUUGAGGAAGUCGAGCUGCGAGGUAUGGAUGUGGAGGGCAUCUACCGAAAGACUGGAGGCAACUCGCAAGUGAAAGCCAUCCAGGAGGGCUUUGACAAGAACGAAAACUUUGACAUCUCGGACCCCGACCUGGAUAUCACGGCUGUGACGAGCGUUCUGAAGCAAUACUUCAGGAAACUUCCCAUACCACUGUUGUCAUAUGACGUCUACGACCGUAUCCUGGAGACCAACACUCUCACGGAUGACGACGAGAAGUGCGAUCAUCUGAGGAAGACCUUCAAUCUUCUACCACAGAAACAUCGGGACUGCCUCGAGUUCCUCAUGUUCCAUCUCGUCCGGGUAGCCCAGCGCGAGCCGGAGAACCUGAUGUCGCCAAAGAAUUUGGCUGUUGUGUUUGCACCCACUAUAAUGAGGGAUCGCACCAUUGAACGAGAGAUGACAGACAUGCACGCAAAGAACACAGCCGUGCAGUACAUCAUUGAGAACAGCCAGAUGAUCUUCUCUGAAGAUUAA